CCGACAUUGGGUAGCCGGUAAUCCGUAGAGGAGGGGCAAAUGAACUGAUUCAAUUCCACGACGGUCUCGCGCUGUCCUUUGACCCAAGACUGAACUACCUUUUGUGCUUUUUUACUCUGACAGAGAUCUAGCUCUCUGCUCUCCCUUGAAAAUGUCGUUCACCUCGAUCCCCAUCCUGGACCUGGCACUCGCCAAGGAUCCGGCCACCAAGCCGGCCUUCCUUUCCGAUCUCCGCCACGCGCUCAUGGAAGUCGGCUUCCUGUAUCUCAAGAACGUAGGGAUCCCCGACGAGCUCUUCCAGCAAGUCAUCAAGGAGGGCAAGGCAUUCUUCGACAUCCCAAUGGAGGAAAAAUUGAAGGUCGAGAUGAAGAACGCGCCGUCCUUCCUCGGCUACAGCCGCCUCUCCGCUGAGGUGACCGCCGGCGCGAUCGACCACCGCGAGCAGAUCGACCUCUCGACGGAGCACCCGGUCCCGGGACCGGACGCCCCGCGGUACUACAACCUGCUGGCGCCGAAUCAGUGGCCGGCCGAGUCGGUGCUGCCGGACUUCCGGCGGGUGUUCACCGAGUACAUUCCGCGAAUGGGCGAGAUAUCCAUCGGCUUCACGCGGCUGAUCGCCGAGGCGAUCGAGCUGCCCCCCGACUCGUUCGACAAGUACUUUGACGCGGACCAGCAGCACAAGCUCAAGGUGGUCAUGUACCCGGACGUCUCGGACCUGGGCACGGCGGGCAAGGAGGGCAACCAGGGGGUGGGCCCGCACAAGGACAGCAUGCUGUCCAGCUACCUGCUGCAGGCGACGGGCCACCGCGGCCUGCAGGUGCAGAACAUGCGCGGCGAGUGGAUCGACUGCCCGCCCGUCGACGGCACGCUCGUCGUCGCCAUCGGCCAGGGGCUCGAGGCGCUGACGCAGGGCGUGUGCGUGAGCACCACGCACAGGGUCCUGUCGCCCGCGGCGGGGCAGGGGCCGAGGUUCUCGAUCCCCUUCUUCCAGGGCGUCAGGGGGGAUGCCGAGUUCGAGGACCUCGAGACCGUCGGCGUGGGGCAGGUCCCCGAGGCGAUCAAGGAGCAGAGGAGGGCCGUCAUGGAGCGGAACGGGGGCCGCCUCGACGACGUUGAGUUUACCUUCAGGAAGGGCGGCGUUGCCAAGACCCUGGGCGAGGCUACCCUCCGGAACAGGGUCAAGAGCCACCCGGAUGUGGGCGAGAGGUGGUAUCCGGACAUCUUGGCUGAUAUCCGGGAGGAACAGGCCAGGGCAAAGAAGGAUAGUCAGAGCCCGGGUGUCUCUGCGGCCACGCCCUCCGCCAAGGCGGUUGAGGCACAUUGAGACAGACGGCCGUACUAGACGGGAAUAUAUACCUAUAUAUGUAUAUAUAUCUGUGCACCCGGGAAUGAACAGUGUACCAGCAUAAUCGCAG